AUGCCUGUCAUUCUGAAUUCUGCUGAACAACAUUCUCAAGAGCUAGGAUAUCGUUGGAGUCCCACCAAGUGCAUGAUCCUUCACCAUUCUUGUUCUCUUUCUCCUUUGUCAUUCUCUCUCUACAAUGUGCCUAUUCCUCAUGCUCAUUCGUUUCCUUACCUUGGUGUUCCCUUCUCAGCAAAGGGGACUAUUGAUCCAUCUCUUCUCAUCUCUCGUAAUUGUGUCUCUGCUAUCAACAGCAUGCGUGCUCUUCAAUCACUUGGUGUCAAUCACACUGGGUUGUCACGUCUACUCUCAAUUCGUUUGUAUCGCCAGUUUAUUCGUCCACAAUUUGAGUAUGGCCUGGCAAUAUCCUGCUUCAACAUCAAACAAGUUGCUGUGCUUGAAAAGGCCCAGAACACAUGCUUACGCAUGAUUUUUGGAGGUCACUCCACAUCUUCUACAUCUGUUUUCCGUCACCUUGGGAAUCUUCCUAGCAUGAGGGAGAGGAUCUUGACUCUUGGUUUCAAGUUUGUAUAUCGUGCUUUCUGGUUGCCUGAUGAGGCUCUGUUUACUCUUCUUCGACCUAGCCUAAAGAAAGAUCAGAACGAAUUUGCAUAG